CCUCACUCGUGUGCAGACGGCUACCGGAAGUUCCGCUUGGUGGUGAACUUGGACAGCAGCAUCGAUUCUCUCACAGUGUAUGUGUGGCAACAACAUGUCUGUGCCGCUGCUCGCCGAGGCUGUGACGGUGUCCGGGAAUGAAAAGGAAACCGCGGCGGUGAUCUUUCUACAUGGAUUGGGAGACACAGGGCACGGGUGGGCCGACACCUUGACGGGGAUCCAGCUGCCUCACGUCAAAUUCAUCUGCCCCCACGCGCCAAGAAUCCCUGUCACACUCAACAUGAACGUCGUCAUGCCCGCCUGGUUCGACCUCAUGGGCCUCAGCCCCGAAACCCCGGAAGAUGAGGCUGGGAUCAAAACGGCGGCUGACAAAAUCAAGGCCAUUAUUGAACAUGAGGCCAAAAAUGGCAUCCCUCCUAACCGUAUCAUGCUUGGCGGCUUCUCUCAGGGCGGGGCAUUGUCCUUGUACACCGCCUUGACCUGCCAGCACCAGUUGGCCGGCGUGGUAGCCCUCAGCUGCUGGCUGCCGCUUCACAAGAGCUUCCCUUUGGCGUUUAGCGGCAACAAGAACCUGCCCAUCCUGCAGUGCCACGGCGAGAAGGAUGAAAUGAUCCCCGUGCAGUUUGGCGCCAUGACAGCGGAGAAGCUCAAAUACAUUGUCAACCCGCAGAUGAUAACUUUCAAAACCUAUCCAGGGGUGCCUCACUCAUCCUGCACUCAGGAGAUGCUGGCAGUAAAGGAAUUCAUCGAGAAACACUUGCCUCGAAUCUGACCUCACCUCAACCCUACUGUGACUCCCCCUCGUGACACUGACCUCUCGCCCUCCCGACCCUGAUUUGUCAUUCCCCUAACAGGAAACAGCCAUGAGCACCCUACUUCCUUCCACACGCACGCAAAUUGGAUAUUCUAAACAUGAUAAUAACCCAAAGUCCUCAUCCUCGCAAUUCAUAGCCUUUGGAGGGAGAAUGCGAAACAUUCCUCACGUUUUCUUCUUGAUUAUGUUUCUCAUUUUUAUCAACUUCCUGUGUCCUGAUACAUCUUUUGUUAUCUACCAAUCAACCUUCGUUCCUGAUUCCGAGUGCUUUUUUUUUUAACGAUCAGGAGUUUUUGUUGCUUGCUCUGAAAAAAACUCCAUAUUUCAAAUGCUCAUGAAGUAGAUCUCCCUCCUUUGGCAAGUUUCAGUCGAACUCGCUGAUAAAAUGGCAAUAGUACACUGGCACGGCUCCGGUAAAAAGCAACUGAAGAGUGAUUUCAAGAAUAGAAACAAAAGUUAACCCUGAAGAACUUGAUCUGUGGUCAAAGAAAUGUCUCUCUAAGGAGUCACGCGUGCGUAAAAUACAUACUUUUGCCAGGUGUUCUGCGUUUUUUUCCCGUUCCCAUGAAUGUUUUUACUCUCCUUGUGUUCUUCUGUUGGCACUCGUUUGGAAAAGCUUGGGGCAAAGGAAGAAGACAUCCACUUUGAUUGUUUUUGACAAAUCAAUGAAUGUCUCGGUUGUGUCACAAAAUAACAGUUGAUUUUUGUCCUCUGACUGCUGCCUCACUUCAGAUUUUUUUUUUUUAAUUAUUAUUAUUCAAUGUGUGGCAGUGUCACAGAUUCUCGUUUUCUUUCCUGGGUUCAAGUUUUUACAUGUUAUUGUGUAACAGAACUUUUUUUGUGUGUUUUUGCCACUGUUGUCAUCUCAUCCUUUUAUUGUGUUGUUUAUAAUGAUGGCCGUUAAGUAAUGUGAGACUGGUGGUCUCUUGUUUCCUAGCAACUGUAUGCAGAAUAAAUGACAAGAAAAAUGCC